AGCAAAUCUACCCCGCUACAAAAAAGUUAGGAAAGUGUGAAUAAUCCUCGACGAAAAAAUUUGAAAUUUCAUAUCAAAUCUACCUCGACAUACAAAAUAAGGAUUUAAGGAAAGGGCAGGUAUUUCACAUUCAAGUGCACUUUUCUGGAUCUCUAGUACUUCCUGGCAGUGCAGUGCAAUUGGAUUGACAUUGACAUAUAUGCUUUCACCUUUCACUUAUGUCAUGAUUGUCAAUGUCAAUAAUGUCACGUUGUCACGUAAUGUUGUUAUGUCACUGCACUGAUGUCAGUUGUCAGUAUUUUAUUAUGUUGAUCAUUGUGUGUAUUUUUUAUGUAUGAAUACGAAUAACGAAUAUAUCAUUUUUUGGUACUUAACCACAUAAACAUGGAGAGGUUUGUUUUAAGAACUUCGAAAAAAAAGGAAUCAACUGGAAAUCCCAAGAAUAGUUUACAGAGUUUACAUAAUGUACCAGAUUCCCUAGAUGAUCCACAACCAGGAACAUCGAGAUCUACAGAUGAACAAUCAGUUGAUUCAUCUGUAGAUCUUUCGGAAAUUAUUGCCAAACGAUAUGUGGUAGAAUCAGAAUCUGAAUCUGAAAACGAUGAUCUUUGCCUAAGUGAAAUUCUUGAUGAGUCUCAAGAUUCUCAUCCUCAUUUCAGUGGAUGUGAACCAAUAAUUAAAAAAAAGAAAUAUAAAAUUCAAGGCAGAGUGGCAAACCCAAUAUAAAUGGAUCAAACAAGGAACCAAAGGAAAACCAUCAUGUGUGGCUUGCAACAUACAAAUACAUUGUAACUCAUAUAAUUUAAAAAGACAUGAUGCCAGCAAUUCCCAUAAGAAGAAUAUGGCUAAACUUGAAAAAACUCCAAAAAUAGAAGACCUUAUUACAAUUGAAAAACAGAAAAGACAUGAAACAUUGGUGAAAACUGCUGAAUUAAAUAUAUGCAUGUUCCUACAUGAACAUAAUUUGCCAUUUUUGCUGGCAGACCAUCUUCAGAAGUUUUUACCUCAUAUUUGUCCCGAUUCAGAGGUUGCAAAGUCAUUGUCUUGCAGGCGUACAAAGGCAACUUAUAUUACAAAUGAAUGCUUAGCUAAACAUCAGAUGAAAGAAUUGGCAGAAAAUUUGAAAACUAAGCAUUUUUCUCUUAUUAUAGAUGAGACAACAGACAUUGCCACAGAAAAAUCAUUAGUUUUAGUGGUUAGGUAUUAUGAUGAUACAAAAAUGGCAGUACAAGACAAAUUCUUUGGAUUGAUAAAACCAGAAGAUUUUUCAGCAGAAGCCAUUUUUGAUACAAUUGUAAACUAUAUAAGAAAACAAUAUAUUCCAAUGGAUAAUAUGAUUGGUUUGGCAGCAGAUAAUGCAUCAGUCAUGAUGGGAAAACAAACAGGUGUUCAAGCUCGAUUUAGAAGAAUAUUACCAAAUAUAUUUAUACUAGGUUGUAUAUGCCACUCAUUCCAUCUCUGUUCGUCUGCAGCCUCCAAAAAAUUACCAAAAAACUUGGAGGAUUCCAUUAGAGAAAUUUACAACUAUUUCUCAAACAGUAGCAAACGAAUUGAUAGGCUCAAAGAAUGUCAAGUGUUCAUUAAUAUGAAGCCCCACAAAUUGCUUCACCCAGCUCAGACAAGGUGGCUUUCACUACAGGCAGCUGUUGAUAGAGUUUUAGAAAACUGGAAUCCACUAGUGAUGUUUUUCACCAAUGAAUGUUUUGAGCAAGAUUUAAACUCAUGUAAUAAAAUACUAGAAAAUCUCAAUCACCCAAUUUACAAAAUGUACUUCAAAUUUUUAUCAUAUGUAUUAGACAUUGUAAACAGAUUGAACCUAGAAUUUCAAUCUGAAAAAACAAAAAUCCAUUUAGUCCAAAAGAGAGUAAGAGAUUUAUAUAGAACACUCCUUCGGAAUUUCAUUAAAAAGGAACACAUAGAUAAAACUCCAAUACAAAAUAUUAAUCCAUCAAAUCCCAGGUCAAUCAUAGAAUUAGAAAAAAUGUAUUUAGGUGCACAGGUUGAGUUAAUGAUUAACGAUUUUGAAGUAAAUGAUGUGAGAGAUUUCAAGCUAAGAUGUCUAGAUUUUUACAUUGAAUUAUGUACACAGAUAAAGAAUAGGUUUGAUUUUGAAAACCCAGUUUUGAACUAUGUUUCCAUUUUUGAUCCAAAAACAGCUGUGUCUGGUGAAAUAGGCAACAUAGUAAAAGAUACAACCACUUUAUUUCCAAACCUUGUGAGAGAUAUUGAACAACUCAAUUCGGAAUGGCGAUUGCUUGGAGAUAUCGACCAAUUCAAGCAAUGUAACUUGACAUCAUUUGAAGAAUUCUGGAAUCACAUUUUCAAUGCAAAAAAUGACCUCAAUGGACCUUUAUUCCCACAGCUCUGUUUGUUAGUGAAAGGAAUCAUAUCUUUACCGCAUUCUUCUGCUGCAGCAGAACGAGUUUUUUCUCAGUUGUUUUUAUUGAAAACAAAAACUCGUAACAGGUUAGAUGUUGAUACUUGUUGCAGCAUUUUACAUUGUAAAGAACUAAUGAACAAUGAAACUUGCUAUACGUGGACCCCUUCCACAGAUUUAUUGAAAAGGAAGUUUAGGGAUUGAAACUACAGCUAUUAUAGCUAUUAUGUAGUUGAAAAACCUAUACUCAUAUAUUAUCAUUCAGUUCCUAUAUAUGACAUGUGCUUAUAAGAAGUGCUGUUUUGUUUAUUUUUUUUUAUAUCUGUGAUUUUUUAAGAAUGGCUGUUUUGUUUAUUUUUUUCAUAUUUU